GAAUUCUCAUAGAAAUAUGUCAAUAGAUCCACAAAAAAAAAAUUAAAACAAUAAAAGUACAUAAAACGUAAAAAAAAAAAAGAUUGGAAGUUUAAAAUGAAGCUACUUGCGAUCCGAUCCGCAUUAAAAGAGGCGGCCAAAUAUCUCUAGUACACAGGCGGCUAACAGCACAAUCGGCCUUGGGUGUGGUACAAGCAGAGCCACACGAGUUUUGAAUUUUGGGUAAUAUAAGAAUCAUUGGAAAGGAAUUUCUGAGGUUACAAGAUAAGGAAGUGUGAAUCAGCCGUUCGAUAAAAGUGAUCAUAGUGCAACGACGAAUUUUACAAACGAUAGAAUAUUUUCCAACAUAGUGUUAACAUUGGUCUAAAUUCUUUUUUAAAUAUACAUUUUUGACUCACCGGAAAAAUGUCUAAUGUUAAUAAUUUAGAGCAACAUAUUGCAAACUUGCAAAUCAAUCAUGGCGAUAAUACAAUCAAAAUGGUUAAAUCUGGAAAGAAAGUUGGCCCUGCUGUACCACCAAAACCAAAAAAAUGUCAACCUCAGAUACCACAAAGUUAUUCAAUAAAGGCAGCACCGACGCCAUCAUAUAGCACUGUACUCAAUAAUGCUGGAACAAAUGAAAAAUCUACAAACUUAUACAUGAAUUCACCUUCUCCAUAUGUAUCAAUGAAUAUGGAAAAGAAUGAUUUUAACAUACCCACAUUGACUAAUGGAAAAGAGACUGUGAAAUUGUAUCAAAACAAUGAAAAUUUCUAUGUACAUCAAACAAAGGAAAAGUUUGAACCUAAAUAUGGAUAUGAUGAGAAAAAUUAUUAUUCAAAUGUUGGAAAUUUACCAGCUCCUCAAGUGCCAGUGGAAGAUCGUAAUGAUAGAGCUACAAAUAGUGCGGUAUAUAGUAAUGUUGAAUCUCCAGCACCUGUUUCUGUUCCUGCACCAAAAAAAACAGAGAAAGAUAUCAUUUACAGUAAUAUACAAUGGAACCCAAAAUCAGAGAAUACUUACAGUAAUCUUCCAUCUACUCAUACCAGUGAUGAUUUACCGCCACCUCCUGAGCCUUCAGAAUAUGUUGCUUGCAUUCCAGGAAAUUCAUUCCCUCCACCCCCUGAAGAAUUGCCACCACCACCUAGUCCUGUUUCUUCCAGUUAUAGCGAAUUGAGACGUGCAACUUAUCAAACUGAUUUUCCUGCUGGAAAUUAUCCAAAUGACAUUUAUGGUCCAAGUUCUCAAUCUAGCUCAACAUAUGAGUCUAUAUACGAACCUAUUAAUCCUAGACCGCCAUCUCAACUAUCUUGUAAUUAUUCAAUGUAUUCUGGAUAUGGAUCUGCUACUUCAACUCAACCACAAGGAAAAGUGUCUCCUGUGAAAGAGGUUGAUGUUUUAACUGAUUUGUUGGUUCAAGGAAUGUCAGAUAAUAGCGAAGAAAGUGAUAUAUAUGGUAUUUGUGCACAGUGUGGAUGUAAAGUCGAAGGAGAGGGUACAGGUUGUUCUGCAAUGGAUAAAGUCUUUCACAUAAAUUGUUUUUGUUGUUAUGUCUGUAAAGUCAACCUACAGGGUAAACCUUUCUAUUCAUUGGAAGGUAAACCGUAUUGCGAAGAAGAUUACUUAAACACUUUGGAAAAGUGUUGCGUAUGUACUAGGCCAAUACUUGAUAGAAUAUUAAGAGCUACUGGGAAACCUUAUCAUCCAUCUUGCUUCACAUGUGUAGUUUGUGGACAAAGUUUGGAUGGUAUACCUUUUACAGUAGAUGCUACAAAUCAGAUACAUUGUAUUCAAUGUUUCCACAAAAAAUUUGCACCUCGUUGUUGUGUGUGUAAAUUACCCAUUAUGCCGGAACCUGGCCAAGAUGAAACGGUACGCGUUGUUGCUCUGGAUCGUAGUUUUCAUAUUCAAUGUUACAAAUGUGAAGAUUGUGGUUUAGUAUUAUCUUCUGAUUCAGAAGGUCGUGGCUGUUAUCCUUUAGAUGAUCAUGUGUUAUGUAAAAGUUGUAAUGCAAGCCGCGUACAAGCAUUAACAUCUCAUAUGACUACAGAAUUAUAAAUUUUACUGAAAUUUUUUUUGAUGAUUAGAUUUUCGUAUUCAUAUAUCAUAUGUUUGAUUAAUAAUUCAAACAUUUUUAAGUAACAUUUCUAUCUAUUGUUUAAAGAAACCAGAAUUAAAUUUAGAACUUACUUAUUCCAUAACAAAUAUAUAUGUGUAUAUAUAUAUACACACCACAUACAUAUACACACAGUCACGUUGAUAGUAGCAAACGUAAGUGACUUUACGUUUUGUGACUGAAACAAUAUAUAACGUAAUAAAUUUGUAUUAUUUACGAAUAUUAAGAUUAUAUUGAUAAAAAUAUUCUUAUCAUACUGCCGAUUUUAAAACUUUACAUAUAACUAUUGUAAUAGCAAGUAACAAACGUAUUAAUGAAAAAAAAUAUGUAAUAAAUAAUAUUAAAGGAAUAUUAUCUAUCAACUAUUUAUAGAAAGCUUCUUUUAUGGGGCACUUGUUUCGACAUUAAAAUAAGAGGCCGUGCCAUUUAUAAAAAGUUCCAUUAUUAGAGAAAAGAUAUUCAUAAAUAUACUAAACAUUGUGAUCUAUUUGUAAGU